AUGGGGGGAACCAAGAGCAAGCCCAAAGACAUCAGCUCGGGAGGAGGGGGCGGCAGCCACAACUUCAGCCCUGCCCAGCAUACCCUCACACCCAAUCGGAGCCCUGCAGUGGAUGGGACACGCCAGCCCACUCAGCCCAUGACCAAUACCCCGGAGCUGGCCCUGUUUGGGGGCGCGGAGUCCACCAGUAGCAUCACGUCUCCUAACAGAGGGACACUCGCAGGUAAGACACUAGGGCCCAGAUAACCCACUAAUAACCUAGUAUGGCAUAUAAAUAAAUUAUAAAAAUUUUACAUUUUAGUCAUUUAGCAGACGCUCUUAUCCAGAGCGACUUACAGGAGCAAUUAGGGUUAAGUGCCUUGCUCAAGGGCACAUCGGCAGAUUUUUCACCUAGUCGGCUCAGGGAUUAGAACCAGCGACCUUUCGGUUACUGGCACAACGCUCUUAACCACUAAGCUACCUGCCUGCCGCCCAGAGGAGCAUUUAAAUCAUUUAAUUUCACUAAAGAAAUAAUUGUUAUAUAAAACGGAUAGAGCUCCAUUGGAUGCCAUUUAUUCGAUGCUACUGACUACUGUAGUAUAUGCAAAUCUUAUUCAGUACAAUUUGAAACACAGCUUAUUCGGGAUAUAUGAAUUGUACAUAUUGUGUAUUUUUAAACAUGGUAUUGCUAUAUCACUUAAUAUUUCAUGAUCCUCUCCACUGAGAUAAGUCUCUGUCUGCUCUCUCCCCCACAGGAGGAGUGACAACAUUCGUGGCACUGUAUGACUACGAGUCUCGCACUGCCUCCGAUCUGUCUUUCAGGAAGGGCGAGCGGCUACAGAUAGUAAACAACACGUGAGGCAACAUCACACACACACACACACACACACACACUGGGAUGAGGAUAAUGUCACACCUACAGGGAUAGACACAGCCAUACCCCCCCACGUACAUUUAGUAAUAAUGCCCGGGAAGCCAGGGUUUGGAGGAUAUAAUAUAUCCUCCAAACACCGGCUUCGAGGGCAUUAUCACUUUUAUACAUCGGGUUACCAACAUAUUUAUAUAAUGAUUGACAUAUUUUCAUUAAAAACGUUAUUUUGAUGAAUUUAUUCAUACUAUUUCAUCCUUCCACAAGAUAGUCCCGACACAAAUCUAGGGUUGCUACCCAAGCCGGCUGGUUGUUCUUCCUUCUAUCCGUUUGGUUGCCGGAGACGCGACCCAGUCGUUUGUUCUAUUGCCAUACUGGCUGGCAAUGUUCUUAUCCCUUGCUUGCUAGCUAGCCAACUACGGCUAACAUACAGUCACGUCAAACAGUGCAGCCAGAAUAACAGCAAAGUAGCUGCAUUUGCAUUUGUUUAAGCUGUUUUCUAGUGACAUUAAUUUGGAUACAUCCAUAACAAUGAGCUAAUGAUGUGCGAUUUCACCUGUCAUAGAAAAUGUGCUCUCUCGCCAAGACACUGUUGUUCAGAGGAGCUAGCCAACAACACAGCUAACACAAUCAUUUCAAACUGAAGCUGGAAAGACUGCAAACUAGCUGCACUUCAUUAAGUUUUACCUGUUUUCUAUUGAUAUUUCUUUGUAUAUAUCCAUAAAAGUGAUGCUGAUUCAUGAUUUCGACUGGCUGAGAAAAGCUUCCUGCCUGUCUGUCUCGUCCCGACACGUUCAUUACUAUGUGACAGCUGGAGAUCGAAUUUGAAUAUUGAAACAAUGUUGCAAAUGUCGGAGAGACAGACCGGAAGGUUUACACAAAUCUCUGCCGUUGAAAACUAAAUGUUAGUCUAAAAGAAAUGUGAGAUAAUGUCUAGAUGCUUUUUAUAGUGGAGAUCAAGUUUAUAAAGUGCCUGGCUGGGCUGAUGAGACAGUGGAUUGGGCAGUCAGAUGGAACAGAGUAAAUAGACAUUUUAACGUCAUAGAUUUAGCUGGUGGUAACUUGUGGAAUAGACACCGGCUGGAAUGCGGUUUAAACCAAUCAGCAUUCAGGAUUAGACCCACCCAUUGUAUACACACACACACACACACACACACACACACACACACACUCACUGUACUCUGCAUGUCUGAUCUCUCGCUGCGCUGGCUGGCUGUUCUGCCCCCAAACCCCCUCUGUACAGCCCGUAACCAUAGGAACAGGCUCCCUUAAUAAGGAUCUGUUUUGUGUGAGCUGACAGGUUUUUGUUCUAGAUUUACUAUUUUCUCAUGCUCAUUCACAAAAGCACAGCUGUAUGUCUCACUGGUGCUUCUACUUGGAGGCUGAUAUUUCUUUUGUUGCGACUAGCCCCUUUUUUCCCUCUACCUUAGUUGAAUGCACUGAUUACUUGAUAAGACUGUCUGCUAAAUAACUAAAAUGUACGUGUUCAAAUGAUAAAAAUGACUGUUCAUUCAUUCUGAUAAUGUAACCCAAUCAUGGGGAGUCAAUCCGUGAUGCUUUUACAAAUUUUAGGCUUGCUCUAAUCAAUAGAAGUGCAGUGGACCAUAUUAUUCUAGUUAGCCCCCAAUACUGCAGCUAUAACAAAGUGUUGACCUAGAAGGCCUGAGCUGAGAACAAUAGAAUGAUAGAGGGUUGUUGUUGUUGUUGUUGUUGUUAUUAUUAUUAUAUCUGCCACUGAAGCUGAUGCAGCUUUACUCAUAGUGUUUAAAUUUUUAAAUUUUUGUCAUUUAGCAGACGCUCUUAUCCAGAGCGACUUACAGUACUGAGUGCAUACAUUUUUCAUACUGGUCCCCCGUGGGAAUCGAACAACCUUGGCGUUGCGAGCGCCAUGCUCUACCAACACUACCAACCUCUACCAUGCUCUACCAACCUCUACCAUGCUCUAUCAACCUCUACCAUGCUCUACCAACCUCACCAUGCUCUACCAACCUCUACCAACUCUACCAACCUCUACCAUGCUCUACCAACCUCUACCAUGCUCUACCAAUCCUUACCAUGCUUACCAUCUCUACCAACAUUACCAUCUCUACCAUGCUCUACACUCUCUUUCUCUAACCUCUACCAACUACCAACCUCUACCAUGCUCUACCAACCUCUACCAUGCUCUACCAUCCUCUACCAUGCUCUACCAUCCUCUACCAACCUCUACCAUGCUCUACCAUGCUCUACCACCACCUCUACAACAUACCACUCUACCAUGCUCUAACCUCUACCAUGCUCUACCAACCUCUACCAUGCUCUACCAUCCUCUACCAUGCUCUACCAUCCUCUACCAACACUACCAUCCUCUACCAUGCUCUACCAACCUCUACCAUCCUCUACCAUGCUCUACCAUGCUCUACCAACCUCUACCAACCUCUACCAUGCUCUACCAUGCUCUACCAUGCUCUACCACUCUACCAUGCAUCUCUACCAUGCUCUACCAACCUCUACCAACCUCUACCACACCAUCUUACCAUGCUCUACCAUCCUCUUACCAAUCCUCUACCAUGCUCUACCAAUGCUUCCACAUCUACCCUUACCAUGCUCUACCAUACGCUCUACCAUCCUCUACCAUCGCUCUACCACCUACCACUCUACCAUCCUCUACCCAUGCUCUAACCAACCUCUACCAACCUCUACCAUGCUCUACCACACUCUACCACCUUACCACUCUACCAACCUCUACCAACUCUAUCCCAUGCUCUACCAACCUCUACCACCUCUACCAUCUCUACCAUCUCUACCACCUCUACCAUCUCUACCACCUCUACUACCACCUCUACCAUCUCUACCAUCUACUCCCACUCUACACAUCCAACCUCUACCACCUCUACCAACCUCUACCAUCUCAUCCUCACCAUGCUCUACCAACAUCUCCAGCUCUACCAUGCUCUACCACCUCUACACUACCAUCCUCUACCAACCUCUACCAUGCCCUCUACCAACCUCUACUACCAUGCUCUACCACAUCCCUCUCUACCAUCCUCUACCAUCCUCUACCAACCUCUACCACCACCUCUACCAUCACAUCUCUACCAUGCUCUACCAACCUCUACCAUCCUCUACCAUCCUCUACCAUCCUCUACCAACCUCUACCAACCUCUACCAACCUCUACCAUGCUCUACCAACCUCUACCAACCUCUACCAUCCUCUACCAACCUCUACCAUGCUCUACCAACCUCUACCAUGCUCUACCAACCUCUACCAUGCUCUACCAUCCUCUACCCACCUCUACCAUGCUCUACCAUGCUCUACCAACACUACCAUGCUCUACCAUGCUCUACCAACCUCUACCAUGCUCUACCAACCUCUACCAACACUACCAACCUCUACCAUGCUCUACCAUGCUCUACCAACACUACCAUCCUCUACCAUGCUCUACUACCAUCCUCUACCAACACUACCAUCCUCUACCAACCUCUACCGUCCUCUACCAUGCUCUACCAACCUCUACCAUGCUCUACCAACCUCUACCAUGCUCUACCAUCCUCUACCAUGCUCUACCAUCCUCUACCAGCUCUACCAUCCUCUACCAACACUACCAUCCUCUACCAUGCUCUACCAACCUCUACCAACCUCUACCAUCCUAUACCAUGCUCUACCAACCUCUACCAUCCUCUACCAUGCUCUACCAUCCUCUACCAACCUCUACCAACCUCUACCAACACUACCAUGCUCUACCAUCCUCUACCAUGCUCUACCAACCUCUACCAUGCUCUACUAACCUCUACUAACCUCUACCAUGCUCUACCAACCUCUACCAUCCUCUACCAUGCUCUACCAACACUACCAUGCUCCACCAACCUCUACCAACACUACCAUGCUCUACCCAACCUCUACCAACCUCUACCAAGCUCUACCAACCUCUACCAACCUCUACCAUGCUCUACCAACUGAGCCACACAGGACCUACAGUGUUGCCAGGACAAACACAUAAGCCUAGUGAACCCCCCGAUAAUGUUUCAUUAUUAUUUCCCAUUUAUGACCCAAACGCAUUGUCUUAGCUUUAGGUAGCUUAGGGGGGGCAGGUUGCCUAGCGGUUAAGAGCGUUGGGCCAGUAACCGAAAGGUCGCUGGUUCGAAUCCCCGAGCCAACUAGGUGAAAAAUCUGUCGAUGUGCCCUUGAGAAAGGCACUUAACCCUAAUUGCUCCUUUAAGUCGCUCUGGAUAAGAGUGUCUGCUAAAUGGCUAAUAUGUCAAUGUAAUGAUAUGUAUCAUUAUGCUUUCUUGAUAUUGAUAUUAGUUCUACACCACAUUUUUGUGCUUCGAAUCACCUUUUCUAUUCUGUGUUUUAAAUAAGCUCUCUUCUGUCUAUACAAUCAAUGAAAAUCCUGCUUUGAUGUAAAAGUUUUAGACUAACUUCUGGUUUAAUGGUGAGCUAGGCCUAAAGCUUCCGCUGUAGUGUUGGGAUGAGGGGAUGGUGGAUAACUACUGUUGUUGUAAUGAUUCUGUUCUGUACACUGUAUCUCUACAAAUCGGCUUUGCUAACAUGCUUUCUGUCUCUUUUUUUUAACCCCACCCACCCCCUUCACAUCUCCUCUCUAUCUCCCCAAACUUUUUCUCCAUUGCAUACCUUCAUAAUUGUAUUUAGGAGAAAGUUGAACAGCAGGUUAGUGAAGCUUCUGUUGUCUUUGUGUGUCCCAGUGUGUUCAUGUCACUAACGCAUCAUAGUAGCUUGUUCACAUGAUGAUAACUUCCCUGCAUUUGGUUAAUGGUGUCAUGGUACACGUUGGUGUUUGAAUCCCCUGUGGAUCCAUUCCAUUAGUAUUCCUAGGAGUUGUAGGGCUGAUUUCCUAGGACCAGUCCAGGAAACCUCCCUGUAAUCUCCUCCUGUUGUUGAGUCCACUCAUUAGGAAUGUGUGUUCGUUUUUCACUGAGUACUGUCUUUAGAAUCACUCCACGUGAAGUAGAAUCACUGUGUAAAGUAGAACGUCAGUGAGAUUCUGUUCCGUUCUUGUCUCCACAGAGAAGGGGACUGGUGGCUGGCUCGAUCUCUGACUACGGGAGAAAGCGGUUACAUCCCCAGCAAUUAUGUGGCUCCCUCUGACUCCAUCCAGGCAGAAGAGUAAAUCUCUCUCUCUGUAUUUAAUUGUAAAUGGAAUGCACCUUGAAGGUGUACAUACUGUACAAGCUGACAUGCAUAGACACACAUGAUAAUAACACACACAAAUUAACCUCUGUAAUGAUUCCAUUUCUCACCUUUAUCCUACCAGUCAUCUCAGAUUGCCUAUGGCUUCCAGGUAAGGGGCAGUAAUCAGAAUGCAAUACUUCUUUGAUUGGGGCAUGCACAGAAGGAGUUUAAGUCACUUAUUUUCAGAAGCCAGCACGGGCGGUUCUCUCUCUCUCUCUCACACAGCCACACCUUUUCCUCCCUCCUCUGAACCUGGUCCCUGUGUCUCGUGCUUUCUCCCCUCUCUUCCCUAGGUGGUAUUUUGGGAAGAUCACACGUCGCGACUCGGAGCGGCUCCUCUUGGGUUUGGAGAACAGGAAAGGGACGUUCUUGGUGAGAGAGAGCGAGACCACCAAAGGUGAGUGUCUGAGCCUAGCAUCUCCAGUGGAAACACAUCACAGAUUACACCAAAGUGUCUCCACUGUCAAUUAAGACCAUAUUGGAAUGCCGGCCCAUUGGCAUUGUCCUUUUCUGGGGAUGAAGCAGUGUAGCUGUGUAACCAUGUUCUUUUAAAGUAGCUGUUUCACAGUUUUUUUUUUUUUUUUUUUUUUUUUUUUUUUACAUUUUAGUCAUUUAGCAGACGCUCUUAUCCAGAGCAACUUACAGUUAGUGAGUGCAUACAUUUUCAUACUGGCCCCCCGUGGGAAACGAACCCACAACCCUGGCGUUGCAAGCGCCAUGUUCUACCAACUGAGCUACAGGGGACUACGCUGCCGGUAACUGAGUGGGAGCAGUGGGGAGGACUCGGUGACUGAGUGGGACAGAAGUAGGUCAUUGUGGAGCCAGGGGCGUGUUCAGCAGGGCACAAUGGAGGGGAAGAAGUAUUCGGAUAGAAAUAUGUUAUUGGAACAAACAUGCCUCUAGAUAACAUGUAGAAUAAGGAAUCAUGUUGGCACUUUUCAUGACAUCUCUAUCUGCAACGUUCGACAACCACAGGCCCUACCGCCUAGUUCAAACAGAGAGGGAAGAAGGGGGCAUUCCCAGUGGGGCUUUGAGUUCACUCAUCAGGCUGGCUCACUGGGCUGGUGCUGCCCUCUGGUGGCAGACUGGCUACAGUUUAGUUUUUGUGGGACCUGUCACAAGGGAAAGGAACUUGUGAACGCAAAAGGACACAUUCAAACUACUCUUCCCUUGGAACCCAGGAAGAGGAGAAGUCGCUAAAGGCAUCAGCUAAUGGAUUGAAGAAUAAAGGAUGAAGCAAUAUUUCCACCCCAAGGUUAUCUUGCUUUCUUUACUGAUUUCCUCUCUUAUGUUCCUCUCCCCAGGUGCCUACUGUCUGUCAGUCCUGGACUAUGACAACACUAAAGGGCUGAACGUGAAACAUUACAAGAUCAGGAAGCUGGACAGUGGAGGGUUCUACAUCACCUCACGCACUCAGUUUAACAACCUACAGCAGCUUGUCGCUCACUACCACAGUAAGUCAUUCCUUCUAAACAAGAAGAGAAAAGGAGACUCUGUACAUGUGAAGAACCAAUAACAGUAACACUACCAGAAGAUGAUAUUGGAGCUCACCAUGUUUUCUUCCCUUCCUCUCAGAGUAUGCAGACGGACUGUGCCACUGUCUGACGGAGGUGUGUCCCGUACUUAAGCCUCAGACCCAGGGCCUGGCCCGUGAUGCCUGGGAGAUCCCCAGGGACUCCCUCCGCCUCGACCUCAAACUGGGACAGGGAUGCUUCGGAGAGGUCUGGAUGGGUAAGACAGUCUCUGUCCACUAUCACUACUGUCUUUGGGAUUUAAUCAGCUACUGUAGGAAUCAGUGUGAUUCUUCUGAUCUUCAGCCGACUCCCUAAACCAGCUGAUCCACUCAGACAAAGCAGGGAGUAUUGCCAUGUAGAGGACCUCGAAUGUCUAUAGAGUGCAUUUAUCAUUGCAUCAAAAACACAUUCCUUGGCAGUUGGUGUUAUUUGACAGUUUUGAAAACAUGAUCUGAUGACAAUUGUUACUACAACGACAUAACUAGCUGUGUAACUUUCGUCUGUGAAGGCACGUGGAAUGGUACGACACGGGUAGCAAUCAAGACCCUGAAGACCGGUACCAUGUCCCCCGAGGCCUUCCUCCAGGAGGCUCAGGUCAUGAAGAAGCUGAGACAUGAGAAGCUUGUCCAGCUCUACGCUGUGGUGUCUGAAGAGCCCAUCUAUAUUAUUACUGAGUACAUGGGACAAGGAAGCUUAUUGGACUUCCUGAAGGGAGACAUGGGCAAGAUGCUCCGCCUUCCUCAGCUGGUGGACAUGGCCUCACAGGUAAGAGAGUUUAGAGAUGGUAAAUACUGUCUAAGUGCCAACACACACACACUGUCUGUUUCAGUUAAACCAAAACCUGUGUCUCCUCUUCAGAUUGCCUCAGGGAUGGCGUACGUAGAAAGGAUGAACUACGUCCACAGAGACCUAAGGGCUGCCAACAUCCUAGUGGGAGACAACAUGGUGUGUAAAGUGGCUGAUUUCGGCCUGGCCCGUCUCAUAGAGGACAACGAGUACACCGCCAGGCAGGGUAAGACCACUAGAGGGCGCUGAUUACCAUCUCUCUCUUUCUAUUGUCUAUCACCUCUCUCCUGUUUGUCUCACUCACCUCACUCUUAAUCUUUCGGUUUUCAGACAAAUUGGAAUGCUGUCCUCAGACAUUACUGAGAUUUCUCUAGUUUAAUGUGUGUCUCUCUUUCUUGUUGCAGGAGCAAAGUUCCCCAUCAAGUGGACAGCCCCAGAAGCUGCACUGUAUGGCCGCUUCACCAUCAAGUCUGACGUCUGGUCCUUCGGGGUCUUGCUGACCGAGCUGGCCACCAAAGGCAGAGUCCCAUAUCCAGGUAGCUACCAUGACUCUUCUAAAAUGUCACUUAGUGAACAGAUUCCAUAUGUGAUGGAAUUGCUUAUCCCUCUCAGAGCACGUCCCUUGACUUCUUGCCGAAGACACACAGUGCUGGCAAGCAAGACUUCCUAUGUGAUGACACUGUUAACCUUUGAAACCAUGAAGGUUGACGCAGUAUCUUUGGGGUCAUCAUUCUGUGCCUGCGAAUGGUUCCUGUAUAUUAAUGUUUGUGUUCUCUUCUCUCCCUUUACCCUCUCUCUCUGUCUCCAUCUCCCUCUUCCUCCCCUCCUCCCUCCCCCAGGCAUGGUGAAUCGGGAGGUGUUGGACCAGGUGGAGCGUGGUUACAGGAUGCCCUGUCCAGCUGAGUGCCCUGAGUCCCUCCACGACCUCAUGUUGACCUGCUGGAGGAAGGACGCCGAGGAGCGGCCCACCUUUGAGUACCUGCAGGGCUUUCUGGAAGACUAUUUCACCUCCACUGAGCCCCAGUACCAGCCUGGGGAGAACCUGUAG